AUUGCGCCCUCUCCCCCCUUUUCCUCAUACGGGAUAAACAAGACAAUUGUACAAGAUUCUGCCCUUGUCUCCACUCCCUCACAGCCUGUUUUUUUAAUACAGCAACACCGCGGAAUAGUCGUCGAACGCCUCAUCCAUGCAUUGGAGUCCUGGGCCCCAGCACACCGGCUCCGGCUCCAGCCAUGUCGGCCAGGAAUGCAGCGGCAGGCGGCGGUGACAGAGCGGGAGGUGAACUGGCCGAAGAUGUGCUGGUUGAGGAAAACCAAUGCAGUUCUAUGUCUCUGACCAGCCUGAUGACCCCAUCCUCAGCUGCCGGCAUGUCCUUGAGCAUGGAGAUGCCCCGGAAGCGUAAGGGCAGCAUGGACAACCAGGAUAGAAAAACUGCUUCCACACCUGAUGCUGAUAUGGAAGAUGACCAAAAUGGGUCUGAUGGAGAGGACCAACAUGUCAAAAUUAAAUGCUUCAGGGAACCGCACAGCCAAAUUGAGAAGAGGAGACGGGACAAAAUGAACAAUCUCAUUGACAAACUGUCAGCCAUGAUCCCUACUUGUAACCCCAUGUCCCGAAAGCUGGACAAGCUCACUGUGCUCAGAAUGGCUGUGCAGCACCUCAAAUCUCUCAAAGGUUCAGGAAGUUCUUUUUCUGAAGCCAACUACAAGCCAUCAUUCCUUCCCGACGAGGAGCUCAAACACAUUGUUCUCAAGGCUGCAGAUGGGUUCCUGUUUGUAGUGGGCUGUGAUCGUGGGAAAAUGGUUUUUGUCUCAGAGUCUGUCACGAAGAUAUUAAAUUAUAGUCGGGCGGAGCUGAUUGGACAGAGCCUGUUUGAUUAUAUACAUCCAAAGGACAUGGGAAAAGUGAAGGAGCAGCUGUCAGCUUCUGAAUUAUACCCUCGUGAACGGCUAAUAGAUGCUAAAACCGGUCUGCAGGUCCAGGCUGACCUGCCAGUCGGUGCAUCGCGGCUGUGUUCAGGCGCACGACGCUCAUUCUUCUGCCGAAUGAAAUACAAUAAAAUUUCUGUCAAAGUUGAGGAGAAGGAAUUCCAAGCCAGCACCUCCAAAAAGAAAGAGUCGCAGAAGUACUGCACAGUCCACUGUACAGGCUACAUGCGCAGCUGGCCAACCAGUCAGUUGGGAGCAGAGGGGGAGGGGGAGUCAGACAAGCAGGAUAGCUCCCACUUCAGCUGCCUUGUGGCGGUGGGACGCGUCCACUCCCAUUCAUCUCCCCAGGUUAAUGGAGAAGUCCGAGUUAAACCCACAGAGUUCAUCACGCGCUAUGCCAUGGAUGGCAAAUUCACCUUUGUCGAUCAAAGAGCGACAACCAUUCUUGGUUAUCUUCCCCAAGAAUUGCUUGGGACAUCAUGCUAUGAGUACUUCCAUCAAGAUGACUUACCGCAGUUAGCUGACAGACAUCGAAAAGUGCUGCGGAGUAAAGAGAAAAUAGAGACAAACUGCUAUAAGUUCAAAACAAAACAUGGCUCUUUUGUCACUCUGCAGAGUCAGUGGUUUAGUUUUGUAAAUCCCUGGACCAAAGAAGUAGAAUAUAUAGUGUCAACUAACACAGUUAUAUCGCACGAUCACUGUCGAACCAGUCGGUCAGGAAACAAGUCUGAACAGUCAAGUAAUUCCAAGACUUCUGAAGAAGAUGGCAAGAAGGCCCUUCCAGGUAUACCAGGCAUCUCCACCACACCUGGAGCUAUGAUUUAUGCAGGAAGCAUAGGGACUCAGAUUGCCAAUGAGCUGCUGGAUUUCAACAGGAUGAACUCAUCACCUUCCAGUGGAAGCGUCAGCCCGUUCAGUCUACCACAGGAUAAGUGUCAACAACCUCACAAUCAAAUCAGCAACAAUGUGCCAAAUGGAGAGGCAACAGACAUGGAGAUGCCAGGAAAGUCUAGCUCAGAGGAUGAGCCACAGGGAGCCACAUUCUCAGAGGGAGAAACACUCAUGGGGGAGAAUUCCCAGCUAGAUUUGGACAGCGUGGUUGGACCAGGUCUUAGUAACCUUAGCAAUGAUGAAGCAGCCAUGGCAGUGAUCAUGAGCCUCCUGGAGACUGACACAAACUUGGGUGAUGCUGUGGACUUUGAAGAGAUGCACUGGUCUUUAUAGAAUCUGCUCUUACAGUGUGAUGUCAUACCACACUGAAAAACACUUGGAGCAUCAGUUUUUUGAUGACGGGAACUGCUUGAAUGCUUGUUGUAAGACGUAGCAUUCCUUUUCUUUCUUUCUUUCUUUUUUUUUAGGACUUAUUUUUUAUUUAUUUGUAACCUUUUUCACAUAAGCUGUGUAGUCUUCGUGCAGCUGCUCUAACAGGGAGCUGGAUCGAUGACAAUAAGGGACGCCUGCUUCCCCUCUUCAGAAGGAGGAUGUGCCUCUAAAGCCUUACAGCGGUCUGCCUGCCCUGAAACGCUGUUCCUCACUGCUUUCCUUACAUCUGCCGUCAUCCUCUGUGAACUUAGGAGGCCUCAGAAGGUUGAAGAAAUCAUGAACAAAAAUGACAGUGAUGUGAUGUACAAUGGCUCGGGAUUCCUGCUUAUACUUCUCUCCCAUACCUAGAUUUCAACAAAGGUUGGGAUUGACAAUGCAAAAAAAAAAAUUGCACUGAAUCAAUUUCAUGUUUUUUGAAAGGUUGUAAUUUGAUUAGGUACUGUAUGUUUAAUUAAAAUGCGAGGAGGACACCUUGACAACCUGGCCCAUCUCUGUGACCCCUCAGGAUCCAAGCCGUUGGAAGCCAGUGUGCCACGGCUGACCACACUUCCAUAACCUCGAACUUUGAGAGUCACCAAACAACGUGACUCUCAGAGAUUUUCUCUUAACUUGUCAGUAUCUGAACAUUUUCCAUGGAAACAGUCCAAUAACCUCCUCUCUUGUACACUGACUUGAACAUACUGUAUAUGUAUAGAUUUAGUUUGAUUGAAAACGCCAUGUCUUCAGGCCAUACCUGUUUUAAAGGGAUAGUUUUGCGGCGGAAGAAUAUUUUCUUUUUUUAGAAGGGAUGCCCAGAUUGAUCGGCUGCCAAAUCUUAUAGGCCGACACUCAGUGAAAAUAUGCGACUGGUAUGAUUGCUUUGUAGUCAGUGGUAACGGAGGGAUUUUUUUUAGGGGGCCAGGUAUCAGUGACUACCCAGAUUUCUGUGUUUAUUAAAGUUCUAGGUCUUCAUAGGUUCUCUGUUUUGCCUAUACCUUUCUACUAAUGAACUCACUAUCCUGCAGCCAGCCUUGUCCAACUGCCUGCCUGUGCACUGCAUCAGAGGAAGUGGAGAGAGAUUACGUGGUGUAUUUCACUUGUCCAUGUAGAUUUACUGUAGGCUGCUUGUUGCAUUGCUUUUUGGGAGGUUUUUUUUGUCCCACUCUGUUAAUUGAAUUGACUGUAAAAGCCUGUUGACAGAAUAAGAAACCAACAAGAUCGAUUAUUUGUGCUUCUGUUCUUCAAACUGUACAGUCUCACAGCCUUUACAUCAUAGAUUACACCGCCACCUGGUGGAGAUCCAAGACACUACAAAGCAAUCAAACCGAUCUGUAACACUGCUAGACCAGGUGCUAUCACGAAAGACAAAGAUCAGUGUCGGCCUUGUAUCAGCUCCUAGAUGAUCGGCAAUCGGUAUCUGUGAAGAAAAAUCUGGAUUGGGGCAUCCACUUUUUGUAGUACGUACACCUCUCUAGACAUGAAGCCCCCAAUGUUGGCUGUCCUUGGGUUUUUGUUUUUUUUUUUACCCUAACUAUAAACAUUUAACACUUCUUGGCAGAAAUGAUCCCCCUUCAUGAAUUUGUUGGACAGCAGCCAGUUUUGACGGCUGACCAUUCAUGAAUAUAUGAGCACUACAUUACAACUUCAUGCCAAGUAAAAGGGCACUUUAGAGGUGCUGAAAUGGAGGUUUGGUAGCAACGGUUGAGCAGCAAAUCCAUUUCACAUCUGUGAAAUUUUAUCAAUACGUGUUUCAGGUUGAUCUCUUGAGUCUGAUGGUAUUAGUGAUAACUCAGGGAGUGACAAACAGAGCCGCCCCGUUUGAACUUACAGUGACACAGUUAGUAACCUUAGUAGUAUUUUGUCCUCCUACUUCCCUACAUCCUGUGCAUUGGUAUGGGUGAUGUCUUGUAAUGAGUCACCAGUGGGUCUGUGUUCUUACACUUAUUGUCAGCUUUACAGUCUUGCAGUUAAGCCAUAGCUUCAGCUGUUUUGUUUUUUUUUUCUUCAUGUACUGUUAUGCACUGACAGUCUUUUCCAUGAAAGCCAUGGUCAUGUUUUAUGUGCUUGUCAGAAGCACAGAACUUUGUCAUGCACAAAUUCAUUAAGGGAUUAUGUUAUGCAGAGCUAUCAUUCCAUAACUUCUAAAUUUUGAGGUGUUUCCUUUCUCUCUCCAUGUAAUUGUCACUCCCAUAUCAUGCAUGACUCAACAAAGGUGUAAGACAUACUGCUGACUUGUAUUAUGACCUUUGGUGAGAACGUGAAUGAGUCACUUGAGUUGUAUGGAUCCCGCUGCAAUUUACCUCAUGUAGAGUUUUAUUUUUUCCCAUGCUUACCAUAUCUUGGAUUUUACUAACACAACAUUGAUAGUCAUUAUGUGAUGUCCUAUUCUGUAUGAUAGUGAUCCACUGCUGAGAAUUGUGGCAGGCAGUUGGCAUGUAAGGUCAAAUUUAGAAUGACUAAAGUAUGUCAAAUCAUUGUCACACAGUGAUAUUUCAAAAGAUGAGCAAUGUAAACCCAGCAUAUGACAGAAAAUACAGAAAUUAUGUUUUUACACAUAGUUUCAGAUGAAGAAAAUUGUUUUGUCUUGUAGACAAAACUGUCCUACUUUGGUUCACUUCUUUGGUUCCAAGUUCUGAAAAAUGUAAACAUUUCUCAAAAUAUAGUGAAUGCAGAUUCUACAAACUAUAGGUAGGAAAAUUACAUCCAGUUCCUUGUUGUGUAUGUUGGAUUAAUCAAAUCACAUUUCUUUUAGCUGAAUAAUCUUCAGUGUUGUGCAUUGCUGGUGUCUCAUAGGGAAUGCAUUGAAAAGUGCAAAGAAUAUGUUCAUUUUGCGUUUUUGUCAAAAGUGUUUGGACUGUGUAUAUCUUGUCCUCAGUCAUUAGUACCUAAGCCAAUCAGCCAAACAUCAGCGGUUGUAUUGCUCCCCAAAUAUAAAAUAUAUGGAACCGUGUAGCAUUUGUGCUUCACCGUUGUUGACAUCGGUAUCCUGGCUCACGAGUUAUAGUCGUCUCAUGAGGACUGUUUUCCAAUAAGAACACUUGUUUCAAGGACAGCAACGUUUGUUGUGUAUCGUGAAGAAUCUUUUUUCUCUCAAAUGCUUGAAUUUACGAGGAGCCAGUGGACGGAGCAGCUGGACUUACGAGGACCCUCCUGCCUGUGUCCGAAGUGCCUUUGGACAUUUUGGCUCGGACACACAAUAAAACCUGUGUUGCUUAUGGAGACCGCCUCCCCACCUGGCAGCUCUGCAGACUGAAAGGAGGGCUCAGAUGUAUUAUUGGAUUAACUUGAUGCAACAUGUCUUCUGUGCACAUCAUAAAUGAAGUGGAAGCUUGUUCAUUGAGGUGUACAUGUUGGCUUCAACACUCACUACCUAACCAAACAACCAGAGCUAUGGCGUUGUGCCAUAUACACAGGCUGGUCUUUUUUAAAGUCCGUUUUGUAUUAUUAUUACUUUUAUUUUUCUGUUCUUCUUGUUCAAUCAUGGCACCUUCCAGCUGUAAUUUUCCCAGAGAGCUAAAACAUUGCUGUCACUUCAGCAUCAGCUGAGGUGACAUUCACAUUCUGUCUCCGUUUGAAAUAAAACAGUAGAUUUUGUAAGAUAGGGAACAUUAUGUUUUGAUUUCAUGCCCUGCUUUGUGUCUGCAUGCUGUGUUUGUAUCAUUUGUUGUUGGUCUUUGAAAUUUGUUGAUUUAGGGAAAUUAAGACAGAUUGGUGUUGCUGAGGGACCUUAACCUUUGGGCAUAUGUUGGUCUGUUGGGAGCUAGUUACUGCCUCCAUUGUACCACUUGCUGCCACUUUAUAGGUUCAUUCUUUGAUGAUGAUGUUUGAUUUUGGACCCCAGAGGUAGCACUGACUGUAUUUGUCUCUUGCGUUAUUGCUGCUACUUUUAGCAUGUCAGGGCUGUCUUCCCAGGUUGCCAUGUUAAUAAAUAUUAGUUUACUAAACCCUCAACAGGAACUGGGUAUAUUUUCAAAUAUUUAUAUUUGGACCAACCAUUAAGCCGAUAAGAACGCUUUGUAAACACUGGAUUAAAAACAUU